AUGGCGCUAACAGCUAGAAAUAAAAUUUCUCUCCUGCGAUUUCCAAGUUUUCCAGGUUUGUCCAGAAGACUGUCCACCUCCCCUCACCUGUCCUCAGGUGUGCAGUACCUGACCCGGGGUCGCGACCCCGACCUCGCCUACUGCAGUACCCCGGGAAGGAGCCCGGGCGUGAUCUUCUUCCCGGGGUUCCUCUCCAACAUGGACGGUACCAAAGCGCUGGCACUGGAGGGGUACUGUAGGGCUGCUGGGCUGGCGUACACUAGGUUUGACUACCGAGGCAUGGGCCAGUCUCAGGGCUCCAUAGAAAACUGUUCUAUCUCCACAUGGAAACAGGACUGUCUGGAUGUGCUGGACCAGGUCACCACAGGAAAACAGAUCAUUGUUGGCUCCAGUAUGGGCGGCUGGCUCAUGCUGCUGAUCGCCAUGAACCGGCCCGAGAGAAUCCACGCGCUGGUCGGCAUAGCAACGGCCGCAGACUUCGUCAAGAAGCACUGGGAACAGGCGCCAAUCAUCGUGCAGAACCAGUGGAAGGAACAGGGCGUGUACACCUUCCCGUCCGACUAUACUGACACCGGGACCGUCUCCCUCGGUUACAACUGGAUACAGGACAGCCUGCCCUACUGCAUCCUGGGAACAAGACUGCCCAUCUCGUGCCCGGUGCGUCUGAUCCACGGGCUUCGCGACGCGGAUGUCCCGUACCAGACCUCGGCGCAGAUUCUGGAGGAGCUGGACGCUAAAGAUGUGGACCUGAUCCUGCGGAAGAGCGGCGAACACCGCAUGAGCGAACCGGAGGACCUGGAGCUGAUCAUUGACACGGUGGACAAACUGGUCAACACCUUGGGGGAGGGGGGAAACUGA